AUGGAUGCCAUCAGCACGUUCAACGCGUUCAGCCGUCGCUUCCGUGACAUUGCGGACUUCCUCGUCGUGGGCAAGCAGCUCCAGGAACACGAACGCGACCGAAUCUUCCUUCUCGGAUUGCCUCCCGCCCUGCGCGCCACUGUCCUCGAACGUCUCCGCGUCGUCAAGCCUACCGUCCUCUACCCCCGAGAUCCCUACUCCAUUAGUGACAUCACGGAAGCCACGCACCACGCUAUAGAGGCGACCCUCGUCGGCACCAUCACGGGCAGUUCACAGGCGCACGUGCAAACCGCCACCGUCAUACCAGCCAUCAAAUCCGAGUUCACGAUGGCGAUGGAAACGUUGACUACUACGCUUGUAGCCGCGCUCAGCCGUACCACUCGCGACUUGCCACCACACAUAGUCCCAGCCCCUGCUCAGCCUCGCGCCGCCGGUCCACGCACCUGCAUCUACUGUGGCGACCCAUCCCACCCCAUCCGCUUGUGUCCGCUCGUCACCACAGAUGCAACCGCCGGGUUGGUACGCCGCAAUGAGGAGGGCAGCGUGGUCCUUCCAUCCGGGUCAUUCGUCCCGAAUGCGUUCACGGGCAACACCCUUCGCGACCGCGUCAAGGCGUACCACCAAGCCUAUCCGGACGCGCGCGCACCCGGGACAGCGCAACAGCUUCUUUUCGAG